AUGAAGCUCGCCUUGUGGGCGGUAUUGGCCUUCUUGGCCAUCGCACUCGCGUUACAGGAUCAACUUCGAUACAAUCAAACUGGCGGUGAUGAUCUUGACGGUAUCAACGUGACGCGUAGGUGGAACGAUCCACCGCCACAGAUUCCGUCUGACCAAGUCUGGAACAACGCGCUCUGCAAAGGCCACAACCUCUGGAUGGACAUGUUCAAAGACAAUGGACAAAUUGACCCCCGUAUGAUAAAGACAUGGGAACUACAAGAGACAGCGGCGUGGGGCUACAGGAUCCAAUACCGCCUCCUUCCUCAACAGCGCAACCUUGGAGGGCUUGGCCUUCCACCCAGCAACUAUGGUAUAGCAAGGGCGCUCGCCAGUCUCGGAAAAUCGGAUAGAGACAGACAAGACGGAGGGCUGAUUGUGAUGUGCGAGAUCUUCCAUUGGAACCCAGAUCAACUGAGGCAGGUUCCCCCAAUCCCUAUCGAUCAACAAACAUAUGCCAAGCCUUCAAAUCCCGUUUGGAGACCGCCACCCCAGAACGGGCCGCGCAACAGGUACACAGGAAUGUCUUCACAAUGGGGUUACAGUGUCGCCGACGGUGUCAUCAUCAACACGAACAUCAAGAGCGCGAUAUCUGCUGCCAGGGAACGCAACCCACCAGUCCCAUUUAACGAUCUUCCUGAGAUACGCACGUUGUCGGACCUGCAAUUCACUGUCUGGGAGGAAGAAGCGAGCUACAUAAACGACAACGCAGUCAAUAACCUUCAGUGGUACUUCGUGGCAAGCAUCCUCAACGAAGAGGCCCGGCAAAUCAUCAAAGGGGCGCUCAUGCAAUUGAACCAAGGAAUCGAUCAGCCGCUGCGUCCAUGGCCUGGACUUUGGGUUCCUAUCACCGUGGAUGCUGGUCGAGCUAUACUGGGCAGUCCGGUUGGGAAGACACUCGGCUACUUUCUCGUGCAGCACAAGCAAAAGUUGGGUAACAUGUGGGUCGAUGGCGUGGUGAUCUUCCAAGGAGAUACAAUGCACGGGUCUGCGUGUCUGGCGUUUCACAUACGGCAGCCUGCGCCUAGGCCUCUGACGAUCCUUGAGAUCAAUCCUUUGGAUCCGAUCGGUGACCCUAUGGGCGGACCACAGAGGCUUAUUCCAGAUCCGCGGGUUUAGCUUUAUGGGACUUGCAAGAUCACAAGGCUCCGAACGUUUCGGUCAAUCACAUAAAGGUGACAUGAGGAUGAGCGGACAAGUUUGCGGUGGGACUGGCUCUAGAUUCCUUGGUGCAUCCACAGUGGAAGGGGCCGGGAUGAUGAAACCUGUGACAUGGUAAUCAGGCUUUGGUUGAGC